GGAUUCAGAAAACUUUGGGGUUUUUGGUUUAGUUGGGGUUCAGUUGCAGAAAACACCAACAAACUGCAAUUCCCAGCGAAGCAGAAGCCUCCAACAUCAUGGAAAACAGUGAGACCAAAUCUCAGACGAAGAACAAACGCAAAACAGAAACAAAGCAUAAGAGAAAGCUUGAAGAAACUGAGCUUGAGGCGGUUGUAGAGUCCAAGAAAGAGAAGAAAAAGAAGAAAGAGAAGACAGAGAAAGAAGAAGGGAAUUUGAACAACGGGUUGGUGAUUGAUUGUGUUAAAAACAGUGGGACCCUUAAUGGGUCAGUUGAGAUAUCCAAACGGAAGAAAAAGAAGAAAUAUAACGAAGAGAAAGAGAAAGAGAGUUUGAAUAAUGGGUUGGUGUCUCAUUCUGGCAAAUUAGGCGACACCAUUGAUGGGUCUGUUCAGAAAGGUGGUGAAAACAUUGGAACUGUUGACGGUGAGGUCAGAGAAAGCAAUGAAGGUGUGGUGGUGUCUGGUAAGAAUGUUAAUGAUUCGAAAUAUGGGCAAUUGAAGUCGUUUGCAGAGUCGGGGCUGCCUGAGGAAGUCUUGGAAUGCUGCAAGAAUUUCGAUAAGCCGUCACCAAUUCAAUCCCAUUCUUGGCGUUUUCUUUUGGAUGGUCGGGAUUUUAUUGGAAUUGCAGCAACUGGGUCAGGUAAAACAUUGGCAUAUGGGAUUCCGGCUAUUAUGCAUGUAUUAAACAAGAGAAGUGGAAAAACAUCUAAGAGGGUGAAUCCACUUUGCCUUGUACUGUCACCAACAAGGGAGCUAGCUCAGCAGAUUUCAGAUGUCCUAUGUGAUGCUGGGAAGCAUAGCGGUGUGAAGUCAGUUUGUUUAUAUGGAGGCACUUCUAAAGGGCCCCAGAUAUCUUCUCUAAAAUCUGGUGUGGACAUUGUUAUUGGGACCCCUGGUCGUUUGAAGGACUUGAUUGAAAUGGGUGUGUGCUACCUGAAAGAGGUAUCUUUCGUGGUUUUAGAUGAAGCUGAUCGAAUGCUUGACUUGGGAUUUGAACCAGAAGUUCGCUCCAUAUUGAGCCAAACAAGUUCUGCUCGCCAAAUGGUAAUGUUUAGCGCAACAUGGCCUUUGCCUGUUCAUCAGUUAGCUCAAGAAUUCAUGGAUCCCUACCCGGUGAAGGUGGUUGUAGGUUCUGAGGAUUUAGCUGCCAACCAUGAUGUCAUGCAAAUAGUGGAGGUCCUGGAUGAUCGAGCACGUGAUGAACGGUUGGUCUGUUUGCUAGAGAAAUAUCAUAAAUCUAGGAGGAAUAGAGUAUUGGUUUUUGUUUUGUAUAAGAAGGAAGCAUCUCGAGUUGAAAAUAUGCUGGAAAGAAGGGGUUGGAAAGUUGUUUCAAUAAGUGGUGACAAAGCACAACAUGCCCGUACAAAGGCACUAUCACUAUUUAAGGAAGGAAGCUGUCCUCUAAUGAUAGCCACUGACGUGGCUGCCCGAGGAUUGGAUAUUUCAGAUGUUGAAGUUGUAAUUAAUUAUAAAUUUCCACUCACGACGGAGGAUUAUGUUCACAGAAUUGGAAGGACUGGACGAGCUGGUAAGAAAGGUGUCGCCCAUACAUUCUUCACUAAGGAAAACAAGGGACUUGCUGGAGAGCUGGUUAAUGUUCUGAGAGAAGCUGGUCAGAUAGUACCUGCUGCCCUUUUAAACUUCGGUACUCAUGUUAAGAAAAAGGAGUCUAAGCUAUAUGGGGCUCAUUUCAGAGAAAUUGCUAUGGAUGCUCCAAAAGCUACCAAAGUAAAAUUUGACAGUUCUGAUGAUGAGGAUUGACUCGCGAAGUGACCACACCUCUUUUUUGUUCUUCACAGAUUGGUUAUUGAAGUCGUCAAAUAAAGAUUUUUGGUGUCGGUGUCACAUGUGGUAUCCUAUGUUGUAACUUAGGAGAGACCUUAGGAAUAUCUUAUUUUCUUUCUUUCCCCUACCCCCAUUCUUUUUCUUUUGUUCCCUAAGCCGCAAGAUGUUGAGUGUUCUACUAAAUUGUUGAGUUCAUAAGCAACAUAUAUAGUAUUGAGCAGUAAAAGUUCAAUUUUGUGGCAGGUACUGUCUCAUGUCUAUGGUUUAUUUGAUAUUUCAAACGAAAGUAAUUUUCUUUUUUGCUGAAUUUUCAGGUACAGUUGUGGAUAGAUUAUUGUUAAUGUCAUUC